UAUCCACGGACGGUAACAAUGAUCCGAUUUCUGGUAAGGUUGACUUUGGGUCCUUCUUGUAUGCAUAGCACAAAGACGUUCGACGCCUCGCCACCCGCCACGCCAUCUGGCCGCUCGGCGUUAGCCGCUUGAAGGCGAAUUGCCUUAUGUCUGUCCCGUCCCGUCCUGUCUCCAUAUCCCGUUCUGCUUGGGGGUUGUUACUACACUUUUGUAACUCAUUUUCCGAUUUCAGUGGUCUUGGGAAACAUCAACAUUUUGGCUCGUUUCAUUCUGUGCCCCUGCGCUCAAUACAUACACAUCGCACCAACAUUGUGAGUAAGCCGCCGAUCGGGCCUUUGAAGCUAGGGGAAGGGACAUAUCUGCGCUCACAUGUGCAGCACGCAGCGCCCGAAAACGCCAUUCCGAACGUUACUAGCACCCCUGCCCUUAACUAGGACGGCAUGGGCGUGGGAGGCUCUCACAUCUAGAUUGU